UUUAAUUGCAACCCUCUUGCACAAUAGUGGCCUAAGCUCUGCUAUUGGAGGACCAGGAUCCAGUUUGGCAGGGUUCUGCUACUGGGUCUUAGGUUUCUCCUCAUAUGAUUUUCGCUGAGGCUGUGCCUAACCUUUGAAAUCAGUCAUGGAGGCUGUUUAUGAAGUAGAGGUGACCACAGGUUCCAUGGCCCAUGCUGGUACAUUUGACAAUAUAUUCAUUACUCUGAUUGGCACACAAGGGGAAAGUGAACGGACCAGACUUCACAGCUUUGGAAGAGAUUUUAAGACUGGAAUGAAAGUGAAGUAUAAAGUGACCACCAAGUUCACCCUUGCCCACCUCCUCCUGAUCAGACUUGAGAAAGAUCAUUUCAUGUUCCUGCCAGAGAAUGACUGGUUCUGCUCCAUGAUAAGUGUAAGAACACCUGAGAAAGAUGUGAUCUUUUUCCCAUGCUAUCGCUGGAUGGCAGAUAGGGAGGUGAUUGAGCUGCGAGAGGCAAAAGCCACGAAAAUCAAUGAAGAAAAAUAUUCAAGACUGAAACAACACAGAGAAAAUGAAUUAAAGCUAAACAAAGAGUUGUACCAGUGGAGUGAGUAUGAGAAAGGUCUUCCACAGUGUGCUGGAUUUCAGGAGACCCUGAGUCUUCCCUCAGUGGUCCGGUUUUCAUUCACAAAAGCUAUGGAUUCAGCUUUUAACAGCUCCACAGCGCUUGGAGAGAUAAAAAUGAAGAAACUGGCAAAUAAGUCAAUCCCAUGGGCUGAUAUAGAUGAAAUGAAAAGUGCCUUUUGGUCAACCAGAACCACUAUCUCUGAAUAUGUUCUCCAGCACUGGAUGGAUGAUGAUUUUUUUGGAUAUCAGCUUCUAAAUGGUCCCCAUCCCAUGAUGCUCCACCGAUGCACUGAACUUCCUUUGAAUUUCGCUGUCACAGACGAUAUGCUCCAGCCCAUUUUGGGAGGUGAAACAUCUCUUACUUUGGAAAUGAAGAAAGGAAACAUAUUCCUAUGUGAUUAUAGAAGACUAGCCGAUUUACCAACCCGAAUGAUCAAUGGCAUUCAGCAGCACAUCGCCGCUCCGCUCUGUCUGCUAUACAAGAACCAAGUCGGCAAACUUCUGCCUAUUGCCAUUCAGUUAAAACAACAGGUUUCGGAGGGAAAUCCAGUUUUCCUUCCUAGUGACUGCGAGCUCGACUGGUUGCUUGCCAAACUGUAUGUGAGGAAUGCGGAUUGUCUUGAGCAUCAAGCGUCUUUCUAUUAUCUGCGCAGUCAUCUGCUGGCCGAAGUCUUUACAGUGGCGUUGUUACGAAACCUCCCUGCAGUUCAUCCAAUAUAUAAGUUGCUGAUACCACACACACGUUACACGUUACAGAUAAACGCUUUGAUUCGGGAUAGGCUGCUUGGUCCUGAGGGUCUUGUCACUCAGAAUACUAGUAUUGGAGGUGAAGGGAUGUGUGAUCUCAUGAAGAAGGCAUUCACAGAACUGACCUACAAAUCUCUCUGUCUGCCGGAUGAUAUCAGUGAUCGAGGACUGGAAUCAAUUCCUAACUUCUUUUACAGAGAGGAUGGACUUAAGCUGUGGGACUUCAUAAAUAAUUUUGUAAGGAGCGUGGUGCAGUUGUAUUAUCAGAGUGAUGGUGAUGUACAGCAGGACAGUGAACUUCAGGACUGGAUCAGGGAGAUCUUCAUUCAUGGGUUUCUUGGGCAGAGCAGCACAGGAAUACCUCAGUGUUUUGUUACAGUAGAUGAGCUCAUCAAAUUUAUUACUAUGGUUAUCUUCACAGUUUCAGCUCAACAUUCUGCCCUUAGAGCAGGACAGUUUGACUACAGUAGCUGGUUUCCAAACUCCCCUUGUUCUCUGAGAAAACCUCCUCCCACAACUAAAGGAAGCUCAGACAGGAACACAUUGCUGGACACUCUGCCUGAUGUUAACACAUCUGUAAAUAUGGUAUCAGUCUUUUGGCUCCUGAGCAAGACCUCGCCAGACUUGGUUCCACUUGGGCAAUACCCUGAAGACUACUUCUGCCAGGCGGUUGUACAGAAAAUGAUCAAAAGUCAUCAGGCAGAGUUGUCCUUCAUGAGCGAAUCCAUCAAAGACAGAAACCUAGGGUUGAAAGUGCCUUACACCUACCUGUGCCCUGAUAAAAUAAACAACAGUGUGAGCAUUUGACAUGGACCAAAGUGUGUAUCCUAUGAGUGUAUUAAUGAUGGAUAUUAACUUGAUAGCUAUAUUCUGAUAUUUUGUGUACAUUUUGUGAAAUGUUUGUGAAUAAGAUUUUUAGAUUAGUCACAUGCAUCAAUAUUACAAUGAUUGUGAUGCUUUGUUUGCUCUGCAAUAUUUAUGAAACAGAAAUUGCCUUCAGUACCUUAUUGCUUUUAUUAAACAUUUACCUCACACAAAAAAAUCAACGAAACACAAUUUUCAUGAAGAAAGAUCACUGUUAGUUUGUUUUAUUCUUAACGCCAUUCCAGCAUCUAUGGCUAUAUUCAUGGCAAGAACUGGUUACCAUACACGCA